CUGAAGCAGUUGAAUUACUUUUUUUUUAUGGUUGGUAAUUAUGAAAAAUGUCAACAUCUUUCUUUAAUUUUGAAUGCAAAUUGUUUUUUUAAUCAGGAACAUGUGGAAAAGCACAUAACAACGCAGACUUUACACUCUGUGGAAGCCUUUCUUAAGUAAAUCUAAUGUGAAAAAAAAUGACACUACAACGAAGCAUGGCCUACUUUUCCUGUCCGGGGGUAGAAAUGAGCAAGCAUGCAGAAAUGUUUUUUUUUUUCUUUCUUUUUUAACUGGGGGCUUCUUGUUACUAUUAUGGCUCUCAUCUUUUAUAUUCUCACAUUGUUGAUCUCAUUUGACAGUGUGGGUUCCAGAGCGAAGUGUGGAAGAAGCUCUCAAGUGAGAAGCAAACACGUGCAGUCACAAUGUCCCAUCGCUUUGGCUUACAUUAAAUUUACACGAGUAAAUUGCCGAGCUGCCCAUCCCCCCUACUCCAAGAAAGAACAAAUGAAAUUUCACACUUUGGACUUGAAUUUUGGCUGGAGAUGACAAACAUCUCCAAGUGGAUGAAACUGACCUGUGGAUGGGCAUUGAAAAUGGUUAAGCAUUCAAAAAAAUCUUUUUUUUACUGCAUACUUGAUUUUUAAAAAUAAAAACAGGCUUUUGAGUUUGCGAGAAGUAGUAUUAUGCAAAGUAAACUCCAUUCAAGUGUGUGAAAUUGUGUUAAAAACGAAAUGUCUGAUCAAAUCAAAGUGCCUAAAAGCUGAACCUUUCUAGCACUGAAAAAACACUUGGGUAUCAUUAAAAAAAUCCAUACUGCAUAAAUAUAUUUAAUAGUAAUUUUCAAAAAUAAAAUAAGGACUUUGGAGCUAUGUGGCGCCACUUUGCCAGUGAGAGGUUGCUGUCUCUUUAAGUUCUCUGUAAUUCUUUCAGCGUUCACAUGGCCAUAAAAAAGAGAUCAAGCUUGAAGUCAUCCACACAAACACAAGCAGGGGAAGAAAAAAAUGUUCCCUGGGAUUUUGAAUUAUACAGCAGCGGCUUCCUGUAUUUUACACCUGCGCACAGGGAGGGAGGCACAUCUGAGCCUUGAAGACAGAGCCCCACUGAAGACUGACGAGAAGUUUUUCGCCUCUUUUUCCUUUCCAGCUCUAUCUUUGUGUUUUUCAGUGUUGCCGCGUCUUCUAAUUAGGGAUGCUGCUGCAAAACUUGCAUUUGCUCUGGACUUUCUUUGUAAUCUUGCUGCAGGUCAGAUCUGGGCUCUGUAAGGAGGUGAAGGUCCCCAGCAGGACGCUCAAGCCUCCGUCUCCAUCUGAUUUUUUGGACAAACUGAUGGGACGCACAUCUGGCUAUGAUGCUCGCAUCAGGCCGAAUUUCAAAGGUCCACCUGUCAAUGUCACCUGCAACAUCUUCAUCAACAGCUUUGGAUCCAUCACGGAAACAACAAUGGACUACAGGCUUAAUGUAUUUCUACGGCAACAGUGGAAUGACCCACGUCUGGCCUAUAAGGAAUACCCUGAUGACUCUUUGGACUUGGACCCUUCUAUGUUGGACUCUAUUUGGAAACCUGACCUCUUUUUUGCAAACGAAAAGGGAGCGAACUUCCAUGAGGUCACAACAGACAACAAACUCCUGCGGAUAUUCCAGAACGGAAACGUUCUCUACAGCAUUAGGCUGACUCUCAUUCUAUCUUGCCCCAUGGAUCUGAAAAACUUUCCCAUGGACAGCCAAAUGUGUACGAUGCAGCUGGAGAGCUUUGGCUACACCAUGAAUGAUCUUAUAUUUGAGUGGCUGGAUGUUGGAGCGGUGCAGGUGGCUGAUGACCUGAUGCUUCCUCAGUUUGUGCUGAAGGAGGAGAAGGGGCUAGGGUACUGCACCAAGUACUACAACACAGGUAAAUUCACAUGCAUUGAGGUCAAAUUCUACCUGGAGCGUCAAAUGGGUUACUACCUGAUCCAGAUGUACAUACCGAGCCUACUCACUGUGAUCCUGUCCUGGGUGUCGUUCUGGAUCAACAUGGAUGCGGCUCCAGCCAGAGUGGGGUUGGGAAUCACAACCGUGCUCACGAUGACCACACAGAGUUCAGGUUCAAGGGCUUCCCUCCCAAAGGUCUCCUACGUCAAAGCCAUUGACAUCUGGAUGGCAGUGUGUCUCCUUUUUGUGUUUGCUGCGCUGCUGGAGUAUGCAGCUGUUAACUUCGUCUCACGGCAACACAAGGAGUUCUUCAGAAUGAGGAAGAAGCUCAAAGAGCAGCAGCGACUGAGAACUCAGGGAAGCGCUGACAGUAAAGUGAAAGGGAACAACACACCAGGAAACAGUGCUGCUCAGGGGAAUGUAAACCAGCGGUGCAGUGCCUGUGCCAGGGAGGAGGAACUGGCACAGCAGGGUUACCUCUUGCAAAGCUUUGGCCUUGCACUAUCAACAGAAAGAGGCCCAGAAAUGGAUGCCACACCUGUCUUUGCAGAUUUGCCUCCUGGUUUGGGCUUCUAUGAAAUACGGAGGCGCUUCGUGGAACGGGCAAAACGGAUUGACACAAUUUCCCGAGCGCUUUUUCCCAUGACUUUCCUGGUGUUUAAUGUCCUCUACUGGCUCACCUACAAAGUUCUACGACAUGAGGAUCUCCAGGCCACCAAGUAAAAAGGUGCAGAGCAAGGAUCAGAAAAGUCCUCUGGAUUCUCUUAGUUCUGCUCUCUUCACUGAAACAUUUACAGACUCAGAGGCCUCUGCUAAGCUGUACAAGAUGAAAUCUGACUGCAUGUGCAGAGCUGCUGGGAAGCUCCAUGACAUGGAAGAAUCUGCUGGUUUCUUUUAAACUUUUAUUACUUCCAAAGGAAUGCACUUUGGUUAGCACUUGUGCUUUCUGGAUUACACGUGUGUACAUGUGCAAAUGGCAACUGUCAACCCUCUUUCCAAGGUUUUUUGUAAAAUUCCUGAAGUUUCUUUUAUAGUUGGGCAUCCAGAUUUGAGCUGUUUACUGACACAACAUUCAAACCAGUACUUUCACCUGUGUCGCUGGGUCAGCCUCACUUUUACUUACAGCCCUGGGAAAAUAAUUUUAGCAGCAGAUGAAUAAAUUCAUAGUUUCAGACAUUGCAAUGAUCACGUAAUAUUUAAAAUGCAUUUGGAGCCGUCUGAUAGACAAUUUAUUAAUAAAAAAGACAGAAUUAUUUUACUUUUUGUUGGUUGGUUUCAAACUUAGUGGUCAGUAUUUAUGCCUAAAGAAAACAUGAAUACCUUCAGAUUUUCAAAAUACAUUUUUAGAACAUGAAAAUGUUCUAAAAGCAAAGAAAAGGAAUUUCACUAAGAGAAAUCUUGUUUUCCUUUUGGCUUUUCCCUUCAGGGAUCGCCACCGUGAAUCAUCUUCCUCCAUCUAACCCUAUCUUCUGUGUCCUCCACCAGCUACCUUCACAUCUUAUUUGGAUGCAUCUAUAAAUUUCCUCUUUGGUCUUCCACUAGACGUUUUGCCUGGCAGCUCUACACUCAGCAUCUUUCUACCAAUAUAUUCACCGUCUGUCCUCUGGACACAUCCGGACCAUCUCAGUCUGGCCUCCCUGACUUUAUUACCAAAACCUCCAACAUGUGCUGUCUGUCUGAUUUCCUCAUCCUGAUCCUAUCCGUCCUGGUCACUCCCAAAGAGAACCUCAGCAUCUUCAUCGCUCAAUUUCUGCUUCCUGUCUUUUCCUCAGUGCAUCUGUCUGUAGGCCAAACAACAUGGCUGGUGUCACCACAGUUUUGUACACCUUUCAUUUAAUUUAAGCUGAAACUCCUCUAUUACACAUCACACCUCAUUUCGUUAAGAAAAAUAAUUUUACAAAUCAUAAUUUCAUAUUUUCUAUAGGCUUUAUGAAAUUGCUCACUCGGUUGUGCCGUGGCACAUGAUUCUUUGUUGAAAUACUGCACUUAGCUUGACUUUUUCUGUCAAGUUGUCAGAAAGGGUGCUCAUAUUGUGUCUAAAAGAAAACCAAAUACUUUUGUCAGAAAUAAGACAUUAACUAUAUGGUCAACUCUUUCUUGAUGAAAUGAUAUACAAAUGUAAAUUAGAGUGAAUAACUUUUAUUAAACAAAUAUUAAUUUUCUUAUCCCA